GCUUCAGAUCCGACGUUCUGUCAUUUCAACAGAUGUCCGAGCAAUUCAACCAGGAGUUAUCAUUAUCUGGCAAAAUACCAUCUGGUCUCUUCAACAAUAUGUUUGACUUCACAGGUUGUUGGCAGAAAGAUGCAGCAAAUACGAAAACUUUAGCAUUUGAUGGAUGGUUUAUUACCCUAUACACUUUUGCAUUAUCAAAAUCUCAGAUUGUACUUCUUGAUCAUGUUAAGCAUGCAGUUCCAUCAACAUGGGACCCUGCUGCCUUGGCAAGGUUUAUUGAAAGAUUUGGCACUCAUAUUAUUAUUGGUGUUAAGAUGGGAGGAAAGGAUGUAAUCUAUAUCAAACAACAGCAUUCAUCCAACCUCCAAUCUUUUGAAGUUCAAAAAAGGUUGAAAGAUUUGGCAGAUAAGAGAUUUCAAGAGACUUCAAGAGAAUAUGACAUGGCUUCUAAAGAAACAUAUGAGAAAGAUAAGUGCCUGGUGCAGUUUGAAAUGAGAGAGCAAAGGCUUAGGUUUGUCAAUGCCAGUCCAUCGAGCUCUUAUUGCCCAAAAGAGGACAUUGUAGAAAUCCCGAAAAGAAGAGGUGGAAGAGAUACUAGGGAUUUAUCUCAUAUUGAGUGGUUGAACACUGUCCAUUCUGCACCUGAUGUUAUUUCAAUGUCCUUUCUGCCAAUUACUUCUCUUUUGAAUGGAGUGCCUGGAAGUGGUUUCCUACAGCAUGCCUUCAAUCUGUACCUACGAUAUAAGCCGCCAAUAGAAGAACUUCAUCAAUUUUUGGACUUUCAGCUUCCAAGACAGUGGGCUCCUGUUUACUGUGAUCUUCAACUUGGUCUACAGCGGAGGAAGCAGAGCAGUGCAUCUCUUCAGUUUGCCUUCAUGGGCCCAAAGCUUUAUGUUAAUACCAGCGUGGUGGAUGUGGGGAAGAAGCCUGUGACUGGACUCCGGCUAUAUUUGGAAGGUAAAAGGAGUAACAGAUUAGCAAUCCAUCUGCAACAUCUUUGCUCUCGUCCACAAUUUUUUCAACUUGGUGACAAUGCAAGUAACCACUUUUCUACCGAUUCUCAUGACCGAAAGUACUACGAGCCUGUUUCUUGGCAGCGCUUUUCUCAUGUCUGCACAGCUCCUGUUGAAGCUGAUGAUGAUCUUUCAAUUGUCACUGGGGCUCAGUUGCACGUAGAGUAUCAUGGUCUAAAGAAAGUCCUUUUCCUUGGCCUCCAUUUCUCGUCAGUUUCUAAUGCUGUGUUGGUCAAAGAUCCCGAGUGGGAAGGGUCUCCAAACUUGGUGCAAAAGUCUGGUCUCUUUUCAACACUCAUUAGCACUCAUUUCUCCAUGGCUAUCCAGAAACCUCCGCCAAGGCCAGCAGAUGUGAACAUCAACUCAGCGGUGUAUCCAGGCGGCCCACCAGUUCCAGUUCCUCCAAAGUUGCUCAAGUUUGUCGAUACCACUGAGAUGUCACGAGGCCCACAGGACAGCCCAGGGUAUUGGGUGGUCUCCGGUGCGAAGCUGCAUUUAGAGAGGGGCAAGAUCUCACUGAGGGCCAAGUAUUCGCUCCUGACAGCAAUUCUGCCAGAUGAAGAGUAUGAGUAACACGCGAAGGAAGCGAAGUUGCGAUAUAAUCAAGAAUUUGUUCAUUGAAUUUCUGUCCUGUGUUUUCAGCUCGAUGGCAUUGUUCUUUUAGCUAGUAUAUCAUACUUGUAAUUGCUUUAAAUAAUCACCACUAGUUGCCGAUGAAAAUGCCAUUGCACUGUUUCUGAUGUUCUCA